ACAAUAUUUUCAUAAACAAUUUUUAAGCUCAUUUAGAAGUCAGAUUAAACAUAUUUUUAGCCCUUCUAUUGAUAUUUACAACAUUAACUUGGUGUUUUGCACUUUUUUUUAAAUUAUUUUUCAUGAACACGCCGUUAUAAGCCUUUUUUUGCAGUCCAAUCAGCCACACCCUUUUACAUAAAUACAUAAAUAAAUUACAUACAUAAAUAAAAUAAAAUAAAUAUUGUAUCUUUUUAUAUUUGCAGAAGUAAAAUGUUUACGAUUACUAAGUAUUGGUGGCAUUAAAAAUGAGUGCAAACGGCUUCAAACUUUAAUAAAUUUGAAGCAUUUAAAUAAAACUGCUGAAAUAUACAUUGAUACAUAUAUUCUACAGUAAAUUCCCAUCUUUUCAUGAUUCGUUGCAUUCCAAUAAAGGUCAACGUUUAUUUCUAUGGGGAAGAAAAGUGAAAAAGCAAACAAAACAACAAAUUUUGAUAUAAAACUCUAAAUUUUUAAAUCUGUUAUUUUUAUGUGUAAUUCAAUUUAGCUUAACAGAACGUGUUGAUGUCUGAAAGAUAAAAAAAAACUAAAAACUUAUCUGAAUAUAUAAUUCAAAUAAACAUAAUAGUCAAGAGAGAAAAUCCAAUGUUUCCACAUUUCCUGAUGUUAAAGUUUAGUUUCUAUUUCAGAGUAGACUUGAUAAGUUAAUGUUUAAUCAAAAGUCUUGUUUUUUUAAAUAAAUGUUAGCUUUAAAAUAGUUAGUUUGAUCAGAAACUUGAUAAAUUCUGCAUCACUUUGUAUCUGUCUUUAAGAAAAAAAAGCCACACAGAAAAACAACACAGGAGGAUCUAAAACUUUAUUUAAAACUAAUAUAUUUCUCAUUUUUACUUUAAUUAUUUGCCAACUGUUAUACAUUCUAUUAACAAAUCAGAAUGAUUGAAAAAAAAAUAAGAAAGAAAAGUUUUUUGCCUAAGAGGGAGGGGGAACCAAAGUGAAAUAGUUUAAUAGAGUAUUUGCUGAUCUUUUAAAUAAUGUUUUAUGUGAAUAACCCCACUGAGGAUGACCUCAGCAGAGAUGUUUGAAGCUUUUUCAGAUGAAUGGGGGGGCGGUGGGGGUAAGAGGGGUGGCCAGGCAGCGUGGGCGUUGAUGCUUGAAUGGCGACGAUGGCUGAUGACUCAGGUGAUGUGUCAUACUCCAAGCUAUAAAAGGGAACUUUUACAUUUUGUCCACACAAACAUAAUCACACACACGUACCGUCCUCACACUGGACUCAGAGGGACGUUUGUUUACUACAGCCGCAGUACAAAGAUGAAAUUGAUCCAUGAGUCAGCCUUGUGUCUGCUGCGCCUGCUGCUUCUGGUGGAGCUGUUUGCCCGCUCGUCGGCUCAUCCCGGCCAGAACUUCUCCCUCUGCAGUGUGUUUGGGCCGAUGAUUCAUCAAGUGGACAAAUUGAUUAACUCAUCAAAAAGACUCCACGGCUUGACAGAGGAUGAUCUAAAACAUUUUGAGGGUAUGGAUCACAAGCUGGAAAGUCUACCUCAUAUACGCCACACAGCUGUUCACUUCUCCUCUUUAAAGGUCAAUGAGUCACUCUCUCUACUGUACGGAUACACCGAGUCCUUCAAGCUGCAUGUGGGCUGGUUAAAAACAGUGAGAGAAAAUUUCAGUUUGCCCUUUCAGUCAGAUGAGGGCGCCAUCAAUCACCUCUCACACCUGUCCAACCUAAUCAAUACAUCUUUGCACCAGAUCAAAGAAGAUGUUCCUUUGUUGCCCUCGUCGUCACCAUUUCCUGAUGUCCCCACUGCCUUUGAUGCAACCCGGCUUUCCGUGGAAAUCUCUGAGCAGCUGAAAGUCUUUUGCCGUUGGUCCAAACGGGUUUUACUGUUGUUCAGAAGAAGGUCUGGCUGCGGCAGACAUUAGGUUGAAAGCAUUCGAGAUCAAUGUUUGGCCAGCGCUUUUGAACGUAACCACUUAACUGAUGCAAAGCACACUUGUUCAGUUCAAUCUGCAGAUCAAAACACAACUUUUUACAUGACAUACUGACUGUCUUCAGGGAAAAAAAUAGUGAUAGGAAAUUUGAAGUAUAAAGAAACUAUUUUAGAAAGUAAGAAAGCUAAUCAGCCUUUUGCUGGAUUGCAAAGUUGAGUCAAAGUUUAUUUUAAUUAGCAUAUUAGCAUGCUAACAUCCAACUAGACAUUGCGGGUGUGACAUCACCCAUAAUUCCUCAGGCUCCAAGCCUAUUUAGUUUCCACGAUACGAACGUUGUCAUACUGGAGCCAGACGACAGGGAUAGGUUCAAGUCGGUCUGAGGCAACAUUUUUCAAUGGCAACAACUACUGUCACCAAUCAGGAGUAAGCUUGUACAAAGUCCACGCCCCUUCUAUUGAAAGUGGGCUGGGAGAAUCUGUCAAUCAAACAUUCAUGCUUUUACUGAGGCAUGUGAUUGGUCAGUUUAUGGUUUGAUUGAUUAGCGCUAAAGGAGUAAAUUAGGAUUAGCUAGAAGUUUAGCUAGCAGGUACUUCCUGUUUAGAACACGAGGGGGGAGGGAUCAAUUAGUAAAGUUAAAAUUACCUGGAACAACAUUACAGCACAUAUUUAACAAUAAUGGAAAAACAGCAAAUAUUAGAAAGAAAUUGGUAUAAGAAUUAUUUAGUGUUAGGAACAUUUUUGUUUUGACAAUCUUAGCUAGAACUCAUUUGUAUAUUUUCCACUUUAUAUUCCUCUUUAGCACAGUUUUCCUUUUGAAUAGAAUGUUUGACUCAAAUACAGCAGUUUUACUUGGCCACCAUCUGGUCUUUUAUGACCUAAGCUAAAUAUCGCUUCUUGAAAUAAGCCACACGUUCACCAGUCACGGUCCAUAUAUCAUAUUUUUGGGCUCUUGAAUAACCUUAUUUGACCCAACAGAAAUCUCAAUCAGUGGCUUUAAGGAGGCUCUGAACCACAUGACCAUUUUUGGUGUCAUAAGUGAAGUUUAUGUUGAAAAUAAUGUAAAUUAAACUUAGCUGAUAGUGAGAAAUAUGUUCACAUUAAGAUGUAAAUAAAUUAGAGGAUACAAAGAUAAAACUAGAAGAGCAUAAUCUGUACAAGUGGAGCUUCAUUUAGCAAAAAAUAUCCAAUCAAGUCUGCUGAUAGUUACACUUAAGAAAUGCAGUUUUGAACAAGUGAUUUGCUUUAAAAUCUACUUUAGAGGAACUUUAAGGUCAAUAAUAAUCAUUCAACUGUUUACAAAGAAGGCACUGUGCAGAGGUACCUGUUACUUUUGUUCUUCCUGAGACUGUUUACACUCACCGUGCCUGAUAAGUGUUUAUCUGUUUGAUGAGCUAAAUGACAAAAAAGAAAUCAAUUAUUUUUAACUGUUUAUUUAGGAUCUUAUUUAUGAGCUUUUCAUGUAAUGUAUUAGUGUUUAUUUGGAGAUGCAGGCAUCUCAUGUUUAUGUUUAUUCUUUUAUACAGUAUUUAAUAUGGAUAUUGAAGUAUGGUAUGUAAUCACUCAUUGAAUACUAUUUAUAAAGUUUGUAUUUUUUAUACGUUUUGAGUUAUUAAAGUUUUUUACAUAAUAU